AUGCAAAUUAUUAAAAGUUCUACAACACAUACAAAUUUACUAAACGAACCAAUUACAAUUUUAUCUAAAAAUAGCGACACAACAAAUCAAACACAAAAUCCGCUUAAAAAUUGUUUAAAAACAAAUGUCAACGCUAAUAACGAGAUUUCUUCGUCAUCAAUCUCUGAAAAUUUCAAAGAUAAAUCAGAGAGUUUAUUAUCAAGUUUUGGUGAUGCAUUUUCAGUUAACGACCCGACUAAAAAUCUAGACCAACAAAUUACAGAUAAACAAUUCGUUUCGAAAAGGCAAUUGAGAAGUUCACAAGUAAAUAUAGAAAAAAACGAAAAUGAUAUUAUUAAUGAAGAAGAAAAAAAUCAGAUAUACACGUGGAGUGGGAAGAAAGUGAAUACCGUUGUUUUUGACUCUGAAAAGGAUACCAUAAAAAGAGGAACAAAAAAGUUGUUUAUGAAAAUAAAAAAUUGCAAUGGAAGUGUUCUAAUUAUAGAAGACAAUGAGGGUAAUAAAUUUGGGUUUUAUAUUUCGAAAAAAGUCGACAAAAUGGACAAGACUAUUUAUGAUGAUACAAGUUUCGUUUUUGUACUUCAAAAACAAUUUGUAAAAAAUUUUCAAAAAUUCGGUAUUAAAAGUGAUUGUACAAAAAACGUGUUUUGUGUCGAUGGAAAGAAUAAAAUAGGACUUUUUUCUAUAGGAAAUGGAGACCUCAAAGUUUAUAAAAGUCAUAAAGGAACGACAAAAUGUACGUGUAAACAAAAUUCAUUUGAUAGUGGUGAUAAUUUGGAAAAUUUAUUUGGAGAAAACGAAACAACGACUUUUGUGCUCAAAAGAAUAACAUUUAAAUAUGAAAUAUUACGGGAAGCCGUCCCAAAAAUCCAUAUAAAUUUUUGUUUUAAAAUUUUUCGUGUUUUACCUAAUGCUUUAUAUUUAAACAAAACUAAACCUAUUUUAUGUCCACCAGAUAACAUUAAAAGACCGACUCUACAAUAA